AUGGACGGGGAAGCAAAGAUGACAGAAUCCAGGCCACGGAAGUCCGAGCAGGCGUUGGCCACACUGAGAGCUUGGCGUGCAUGGCGGUCGAAGCACAGAAUGCCAUUGGAAGAGGCACUGAAAAACCCUGGAGCUUGGCGCCUUUACAAGGAUAUGCUGCAGCACAACGGGACUGCAAAAGCCGGAGUAAAUAGCUAUGAAGAAUGGCUCGAGAUGACGAAAUGUACACAGCGCUGGGUUGAAUGGAAGCGAGCUCAUCCCAAGCCACUGCGGGAGGUCCUAGCGGACCCGGAAGGCUGGGCGCUCUUCUACGCGAUGAAGCAAGAGAAGGGCGUUAGUGUGCCCCCAACCUACGAAGAGUGGCUGCAGCAUCAAGACCAAAGAAGGAGCAUUGCAUAUGAAGCGUGGGUGCAAUGGCGUCGCCAGCACCCAGGCCCUCUUACAGAGGUGCUUGCUGACCCAGAGGGAUGGGCCCUAUACAAAGCCAAACGUGCAUCACAGGAUACAAAAUUGCCCGAGACACACGAAGAAUGGUGUCGAGACCCCAACACUAUAAAGGCGAUGGCGAUGGAAGCCUGGACAACGUGGAGAAGGGCGCACCCUGGUGCUUUGAGGAAGGUAUUAGUGGACCCUGAGGGCUACCAGCUGUACAGACACAUGCUGGAGUCAUCUGGGAAGCAAGCCGACCCGACAUACGAGGAGUGGAAGGAAAGAAGAACAAAUGCAUCGUGGCAGGCGUGGCGGCGCGAGCACCCUGGUCCUUUGGUUCGUGUGCUGGCGGACCCCUGUGGCUGGCGGUUGUACAGGAGUGACCUCGAGCAGCAGCAACAGAAGAACGGCAAUAAGGAGGAGUUGCCAGCGAGCUACGAGGAGUGGCUGCAGCUUCCGCAGCAGCAGCGCAACGCUGGUAAAAAGGACAAGCAGCUCUCUGGCAGUAGCGAGUCUGAGUCGAAAAGAGGCGCCAAUGCGGGUAAUAGUAGGAACAGGAUGACAGGCAGCGGCCCACAGAAAGGUAAGCAGCAAAGUGCGGCAAUGGAUGCGUGGCUGUCUUGGCUGGGGGGACAGCAUUCCACGGAUCUCACUGAGCUCCUGCAGAACCCCGAGGGGUGGGAACUGUACAGAGCUGCCAUGAGCAAACCCAGGCGCCCCCUUCCCGAAACCUACGAAGGAUUUAGAGCUCUCGAGGCAGCAUCGAAGGCGUGGUCAGCGUGGCGUGAGGAGCACCACGGUAACCCCGUGAAUGUGUUGAAAGAUCCUGAGGGAUGGAAGCUAUACUCUGCCCUCAUGCAUGCUAGAGGGGUGCAGAUACCCGCAACGUAUUCGGAGUGGCUGCAGAUGCCGGAACAGCGUGUAAUUGUUGCAGCAACACAUUGGGUCGAGUGGAGGGAGCAACGGUCGCAGCAGCCGCUCAUGCAGUUGCUAUGCUCGGAGGAGGAGGGGUGGAAGCUCUUCCGGGCAUUUGUAGAAGCCAUAGGGACUCAUCUACCAACAACAUUCAAAGAGUGGGAGUCAGAAGCGGCUGAGUCACUGGUGGCGGCUCAGGCUGCCUGGCGGUCUUCGUCUCGCUGGGGUGCGCCUCGCCGGGUUGAGGUGUUUGCUCUUAGACAGGCUCUGGCUGAAGUUCGUGGCGAGGCGUUUCCCGCCACUUACGAGGAAUGGCUGCGCACGCCCAGUUCUAGGCUGCGCAUUAGCCAAGCGAACACGUGGAAGCUGUGGAGACGGCGUCAUCCGGGACCCCUAGCAGAAGUGCUGAAAGACCCAGAAGGCUGGGAAUUGUACGUGAAGAAGCUGCAGUCAUCAGGGUCCCAUGUUCCGAUGUCGUACGAAGAGUGGAUGGAUUCGCCACAGCGGAGGCGCCAGGAAGCGACGAUGAACUGGGCUUUGUGGCGUAGGAAAAACAGAGGGCCUAUGCUGGAAGUGUUGCAGGACCCGGAGGGGUGGAAACUUUAUAGUGCAAUGAAACAGGCAAUUAGUGGCUCCCCGUGCGAGCAGUUCGAGGACUGGCAGAACUCAGUAGGCGCCCGAAAGAAAGCAUUGCGGGAGUGGCUAGCGUGGAAGAAGCUUCAUCCAGGUCCUCGCUACACGAUUCUUAGUGAUCCUUUGGGCUGGCGGCUGUACCGCGCUGCAUUUGCUGGCCAGAAGGCUAUUCCCGAAACAUACGCAGAGUACAUUCAGGCCCGACAGCCCACCAUAGCGUGGCUGGCAUGGCGCCGCCAGCAUCGGGGCCCUCUGCUGUCCGUACUGGCCGAGGACGGCGGCUGGACUCUGUACAAGGACCACAUGCUGGCUACUGGCAAGUCCGUUCCUCAGGAUUUCGAGGAGUGGGCUGAAUCCCACCGCACAGCAACCACCAAUGGCAACUCCAGACGCGGGAAACGCACAGUCUCUCCUCGUGAGGAGGCCAUGGGAGCGCAGCAAGUUACUGUGCAGUGA